AUGUCUAUAGUACAGCCUAUCAUCAGAGACCAACUCGUCAUGCACGAUGAUGACGACUGGGACUCAGUAUUCCACGUCGAAUGGGAACCCGACGCCAACUUCUUCACUGGCUCUGAACUUCGACCUCGAACACCUCUAUGCAAAGCGACAGCCGAUCAUCAAAUCACACUAGCCCGCGCCGCAGCACUCAUUAUUCGCGCAUCUCUCAACAAUAUCCCUCUGGAUAUCCCGGACUUCGAUCCUUCGAAGCUCACCGGCUUCCGAAAACAAUUGUAUCAAUGGAUGCAGUCUUACAACUCGUCACAGGCGAGUAAGCUUGUGCUGGGCGACGUAACCAUGACUGUUACGAUUGAGAUCUUAUCGUCGCUUACGCGAAUGGGUGUUGAGGGAGAGAUUUUGGCAAAGAUUGGACCGAAUUUGGGAGCCAUUCUGCAAGGUACCAUUGAUCCGAUGCCACUAUUGCUGGAAGGCGAUAGGUUCAAUCGGAUGCGAGACGGCAUGGAGUUGAUGCAGAAGAUGAGAGCGCAUCUCAGACAAUACCUCUCAGCUUAUGCGACCAAGAAGCCAGUUCUGAACGUCCUGGAAGUCGGCGCCAGUACGAGCAACAACACGCAGACAAUGUUCGAUGCGCUUCGGGAACAGAAGAACGUUGCUUACACUCUCACCGACUCGUCGCUGUCAGUACUGCAGCAGACCAAGUCUUCGAUCACGCGAGACUUCCUGAAGAUCAAGAGCCUCGACAUCAACCGUGAUCCUCUUGAGCAAGGCUUCAGUCCCAACAGCUACGACGCGAUUCUAGUCAACAACAUCCUUCAUACAGCCAACUCACUAGAAGAAACGCUGGUGAACCUACGCAAGCUUCUCGUCCCUGGCGGUGUGCUUGCCUUGGUCGGGCUCUCGGACAUAUCACCUGCGUACAGCCUCAUCUUUGGAAUGAAUGAGAAUUUAUGGUCAGAUGAACGAUAUGAACAAUUGCCAUACCCGUCGAACGACGAAUGGACCAAACUACUACAGGGUAACCAGUUCAGCGGUAUUGAACCAGCAACAAAGACAUUCGACUACAUCGGCCAAUCUUGCUACUGUAUCAUCUCAACAGCAGUUGCAUCAACCCAACGCCUCAUGGUCAACAUCUUGCCAGGCUCUCAGGGCGAACUAUUCAGUUUUGCGGAUCAAUUGGCUUCUGCACUGGCAGAGAAUGGUACAGCGUCUACCAUCACACCAACACGUCUGGAGGAUAUCUCGUCGCGAUUCGUUUACGUCGUUCUCAAUGAUGGAUCCAGUUCUUUGAGCGAAUAUGAGAGUCUGUCCGAAGCGAGUAACAUUCUUUGGAUUAACAUGGAGGCUGGGCUUGAGACGCAACGUGAUAUGAACAUCAUCAGUCGUUUCGCUCGCGGUGCUCGGAAGGAUAACGAAAGUCUCAAGCUCGUGACUCUCGACAUUAAACAGGACUAUCCGGAGUACGCAGAUAUUAUCAAAGUUGUUAUGCGGAUUAUCCAGGUAUCGUUCCAGGAGGAUCGUGGUUCGAGGACGGAGUUUGAGUACGAGUAUCGGAAUGGUAGGGCUCUGGUGCCGCGCGUUAAGGGAUCUGGGGUGACGCAGAAAGUUGCUUGA